AAAAAACUGAAGAACAAGUACAAGAAUUUGAACGUCGUUUUAUAGAAGAUCGUAAACGAGCACAUGAAUUAAAAAUUAAAGCAGAAAAAUUUCAUGAUUUAUUACAAAUGUCUGGAGGAUCAUCUUUUAUGUCUUCUAAUCAACAACAAUCAUAUACUAGUAAAUAUACUUAA